CUGAGAGAACUACACCGGUUUCAUCUUUACAGUCGCAACGCACGUGGAUCUUGGUGUACUGGUUGCUGGAACGAUGGCCGAUUUGGACCGAAUAGUAAAGCCCAAAACAAAACGGGCGAAGAGAUUCCUUGAGAAGAGAGAACCUAAACUCAAUGAAAAUGUUAAAAAUGCUAUGCUUAUUAAAGGGGGAAAUGCAAAUGCAACAGUUACUCAAGUACUUAGGGAUGUGUAUGCUUUGAAGAAACCUUAUAGUGUUUUAUAUAAAAAAAAAAAUAUUACAAGACCUUUUGAGGAUCAGACAUCACUGGAAUUUUUUUCAAAGAAGUCAGACUGUUCCUUAUUCAUGUUUGGGUCUCAUAAUAAGAAGCGACCAAACAAUCUCAUAGUAGGUCGUAUGUAUGAUCAUCAUGUCCUAGAUAUGAUUGAGCUGGGUAUUGAGAAGUUUGUCUCACUUAAAGAUAUUAAGAACAGCAAGUGCCCUGAGGGAACAAAACCGAUGUUAAUAUUUGCUGGUGAUGCUUUUGAUGUAAGUGAAGACUAUAGAAGAUUGAAAAAUCUUCUUACUGAUUUUUUCAGAGGCCCCACAGUACCAAAUAUUCGUCUUGCUGGUUUAGAGUAUGUCUUGCAUUUCACUGCAGUGGAUGGGAAGAUUUACUUUCGGACUUAUAAAUUAUUGUUGAAGAAAUCUGGUUGCAGAACACCACGAAUUGAAUUGGAAGAAAUGGGACCAUCACUGGAUCUGAUCAUGAGAAGAACAUAUUUGGCAUCAGAUGAUCUAUAUAAAUUAUCUAUGAAAUUGCCUAAAGCCCUGAAGCCAAAGAAGAAGAAAAAUAUCUCCCAUGAUACUUUUGGUACAACUUAUGGAAGAAUUCACAUGCAGAAACAAGAUCUGAGUAAAUUGCAAACCCGGAAAAUGAAGGGGUUAAAGAAAAGACCUGCAGAAAAGUUAACUGACAAUCAAGAAAACAAAUCUAAGAAAAUUAAGAGGAGGAAAAUUGAUUGAAUUUAGUCUACAGUUAGUUGUUAUUUUCUUUUGCAGAAAAGAACUGUCAUAUGUAAAUAAUUCUAUAAAAUUUAUUACAUGCAUCUUUUAUGGUUUUUUGUUUAAGUAGUGACUAAGUAGUGAAUUUAUAAUUUAGAUGAUUAGAUUGUAAACUCUUUCAGGGCAAGAACUAUAAUUCAUCUUUGUAUCUCUAGGGCCUACAUGGUGCCUUCUAAGCAAUAAGAUACUUAAAUGUUUGCUAAAUCAGAUUUUAUUAUGGUCAUCUUUUUGAUAAUGAAGGAGUAUGAUGGCAUAGGGCUUAAAAUAAAUAUAGUUUGCUUCA